AUGUUUUCAAUCAAGGGCUAUGCUCAAAAUUAUCUAUGGGGUAUGAAAGGAUCCUCGAGUUUAGUUGCUCAGGUAUCUGAAGCCAAUGGAUCUGAAAUCAAUCCCACACAAACGUAUGCUGAAUAUUGGAUGGGUACACAUCCUAAAGGUGAAUCAUACUUGACGGAUGGUAAUACAACUUUACGUUCUUAUAUUCAACAACAGAAAAAGUAUUCGUCGUAUGAAAACGGAAAUUUACCUUAUUUAUUUAAAAUUUUGAGUGUUCAAACAGCAUUAAGUAUUCAGGCUCAUCCAAAUAAACAACAUGCCCGAGAAUUACAUGAAAAAAAUCCGAAAGAAUAUCCGGAUGAUAAUCAUAAACCAGAAAUGGCAAUAGCUCUCACGCAUUUUGAAUGUCUAUGUGCAUUUCGGCAAUAUAAAGAAAUUAAUUAUUAUCUAAAAAAGUACGAACAAUUACGAAUAUUAUGCGAUCCUAAAGUUUGUGAACAAUUUUCUAAUGCCGUACAAAACAAUUCAUCCGACAAAAAUUUACAGAAAGAUUUAUUGUCAUCUCUCUAUCAAAAUCUGAUGAAAAGUGAUAAAGUAAAACUUGAACAUUGUGUUCAAGCUCAUUUAAAUGAUCUUAAACACGCAGACUCUUCAGAUGAAUGUGCUUCUCUUUCACAAUUAUUUCAACGUUUAAAUGAACAAUUUCCAAAUGAUGUCGGUUUAUUUUCAAUUUAUUUUUUCAAUUAUUUGACGUUAGAACCCGGUGAAGCUAUUUUUUUACCGGCUAAUAUACCACACGCUUAUUUGUAUGGAAAUUGUGUUGAAUGUAUGGCAUGUUCGGAUAAUGUUGUACGAGCAGGUUUCACGCCAAAAUUCAAAGAUAUUGAUACACUUAUUACAAUGCUAAACUAUGAAGAAUAUACGCCGGAAAAAACCAAAUUUAAAGCAAAAAAGAUAAACGAAAGCAUUCGUGAAUUUAACCCAAUAAUUAUCAAUGAUUUUAUCGUUCAAGAAAUUCGGUAUGAUGGUAAACAAGAUGAAUCAAUUCAUGUCGAUGGUGUCAAUGGUCUAAGUCUUCUGAUUAUUAUUACAGGUGAAGGACAUGUGUCUGCGAAUGAAAGUAAAGCGUAUGAUUAUAGAAAAGGAAAUGUUUAUUUUAUUGAACAAAAUCAAUCGAUUACAUUUAAAACAAAUCAAGAAUUAUUAGCUUACAGAGCAUACGCAUUAUCACAAUAA